AUGCACCUGCCCGGCUGCGCCCCAGCCAUGGCCGACGGCAGCUUCUCGCUCGCCGGCCACCUGCUCCGCAGCCCGGGCGGGAGCACCUCGCGGCUGCACAGCAUCGAAGCCAUCCUGGGAUUUACCAAGGACGACGGGAUCCUCGGCUCCUUCCCGGAGGAGCGGGCCGCCCGGGGUGAGAAAGAGCGGGAUAGCAGGCCGGGCGCGCGGACCUCCUGCCCCAAGGCGCCUGCAGGAGGCGCCGAGCCCUCCACGCCGCCCGCCCCGGCACCGGCUCCCGAGUACGAAGCCCCUCGCCCCUACUGCCCCAAGGAGACCGGGGAGGCGCGGCCGAGCCCUGGGCUGCCUGUCGGACCUCCAGCCCCCGGCGACUCGAAGCUGUCAGAGGAGGAGCAGCCCAAGAAGAAGCAUCGACGGAACCGCACGACCUUCACCACAUACCAGCUGCACGAGCUGGAGCGCGCGUUCGAGAAGUCCCACUACCCCGACGUGUACAGUCGCGAGGAGCUGGCCGGCAAGGUCAACUUACCCGAGGUCCGGGUCCAGGUGUGGUUCCAGAACCGACGGGCCAAGUGGCGGCGGCAGGAGAAGCUGGAGGUGUCGUCCAUGAAGCUGCAGGACUCGCCCCUGCUCUCCUUCAGCCGCUCCCCGCCCGCCGCGACCCUGGCGCCCCUCGGGGCGGGCCCGGGCGGCGGCGGCGGCGGCGGGCCUGCGGGGGGCGCCCUGCCGCUCGAGUCGUGGCUCGGGCCGCCGCUGCCGGGCGGGGGCGCCACGGCGCUGCAGAGCCUGCCAGGCUUCGGGCCGCCGGCGCAGAGCCUGCCCGCCAGCUACACGCCGCCGCCGCCGCCGCCUCCCUUCUUGAACUCCCCGCCCCUCGGCCCCGGCCUGCAGCCCCUCGGGCCGCCGCCGCCGCCGCCGCCGCCGCCGCCGCCGCCGCCCGCCUACCCGUGCGGGCCCGGCUUCGGGGACAAGUUCCCGCUGGACGAGGCGGACCCGCGCAACAGCAGCAUCGCGGCGCUGCGCCUGAAGGCCAAGGAGCACAUCCAGGCCAUCGGGAAGCCGUGGCAGCCCCUCUAG